CAACUUAACGCCGGCAAACGGCAACGAGCUGUUACGGUCUGAGCUUCUCCUUUUCGAAAGAGGGAGUUCGUUCUUUCUUGCAUACGUCUAUGUGCGACGCCUUUGUCUAACAGAGAGAGAGAGAGAGAGAGAGGGCGGAGAGGGAGAAAGAAGAAGAGAGAGAGAGAGAGAGAGAGAGAGAGAGAGAGAGAGGAUUUUGUCGAUCUCAGACGUAGAAAAAGAACUUUUGGCAAACAGUGACGACCAAGCGAGUAGAGCAAACCAAUUCACUUGCCAGUGAUUCUCACGAAGUUUUCGUGUGGAUCAGCCUCCUUUUCUUUGGAUCCAAAUCCAUUUCUUUCUCUUUUUUUUUUUCCUUUUUUUCUUUCUUUCUUUUUUUUUCUUCUUCUUCUUCGUCUUUUGCUUUUCUACAUCUUAUCAAAGUGACUAUCAUACGAGACAUAAGCUCGUAAUAUAGCCAAGAAUUCGUUAACGAGGAUUUUGGGUCCAUUAGAAAAAUUAUUCCAUUUUUUUUCCACCCACCGAUUCUGUCCCCUCUCCCCCACAGGAAUAUUUCUCUAUUUACAAGGAUUUUAAUGUAUUCGUGAAAUAUUCAACGGUGAUUUCGUGAAAUAUUCAACGGCGAUAUUGUUUUAAAGAUUACACUGUGACAACGCAUAAAGAAAAAGGGGACACGAUGGCUUGCGAUCGUAAUAUUACGAAAAAUGCAAAUAGAUGUCGGAAAAUACGAAGGAGUCCAAGUUCUAGGUGAAGGUUGUUGCAUAGAUCGACUAAGUUGCCUGCAAGUGUUAAACAUUAUGGUGAUACUCGGUUUCAUGUUGAACUAUAUGCUGCGUGUUAAUCUGACGAUUGCCAUCGUAUCGAUGGUGAAGACGUCUACUAAUAAGUAUUCACAUUCCAAUAAUUCCCACGAAAUCAUUCCAAUUGAUAAUAGUAGUUUGACGAUUGAAGCUCCUAAGACGACAAUGCUAACUGGGAAUGUUUCGAGAAUGAACGAAUCGACUUUUACUUCGACGUUGACAACUCGAUAUGAGGAGUUAGAGCAAACCAGGUAUCCAUGGAACGAAUAUGAGGUCAAUCUAAUUCUCGGAAGUUUCUAUUGGGGUUACAUCUGCACGGAAAUACCUGGAGGUAGAUUGGCUGAAAUUGUUGGAACCAAAAAAGUCUUUGGCUAUAGCAUGUUGGUGUCCAGCGGUAUCACUCUUCUCACGCCACUUUUCGCCAAAUUCGGAUACGUCGCAGUCGCUGUUCUUCGAAUUGCUCUUGGUUUUAUGCUAGGUGCCACGUGGCCUGCUAUUCAACCGAUGACUGCUCGAUGGAUUCCACUGACCGACCGUAGCAAAUUCGUUUCCAAUAUGAUGGCAUCCUCAUUGGGUGCGGCGAUCACGUUGCCAAUUUGCGGUUUUCUCAUUGCCUCUCUCGGAUGGGAAUCUGUCUUCUACGUAACGGGAAUAGUCGGAUUGACGUGGAGCAUAGCGUGGUUCUAUUUCGUCUAUGAUUCACCCUCGCAACACCCACGCAUCUCCGCCGAGGAACGAAACUACAUCGAGGAAUCCAUAGGAACUACCUCGUCCACCAAGCAUUUUCCAGUACCGUGGAAAUCAAUUUUCACUUCGCUUCCGGUUUGGGCGAUCCUGAUAACACACGGGUGCAGUGUAUUUGGAUACUUCACGGUUGUUAAUCAAUUACCUACCUAUAUGAAAUAUAUACUCAAUUUUAACAUCAAAGAGAACGGGAUGCUAUCUUCGUUACCUUAUCUUGGGAAAUACAUUUUUGCUUUAAUGACUUCAACGUUGGCCGAUUAUCUUCGUCGUACGAACAAACUUUCGGUUACUGCUAUUCGAAAGAUUUUCACGACUUUCGCGGUGAUGAGUCCGGGAUUACUUAUGAUCAUUCAAGCGUACCUUGGUCGCGAUCCUACGAUGUCCGUGGCAAUUUUUACCGUUGCUUUGACGAUAAACGGUGGAGUUACAGCGGGUUAUCUUGGAAACGGCCUUGACAUUGCACCCAAUUUUUCCGGAACGAUAUUUGGCAUUGCCAAUACAAUUAGCUCGUUUGGUGGCUUUUUGAGUAGCUUCAUGGUUGGUUCGAUUACCUAUCAAAAUCAAACGUAUGAAAGUUGGAGGAUCAUCUUUUGGAUCCUAGCGAUUACUUACUGUACGGGCGGUUUAGCUUUCGCAUUCCUUGGCACAGGAAAAUUACAAAAGUGGAAUUAUCCGGAGGUUAAUAGUUUCGGUAAAAAAAUGAGAAAUCUAGAAAACGACGUUGACGCAGAAAACAGAGAACCGUUGAACAAUAAAACACUUUCGUAAUAUCGUUAUAGAUCAUAGAAAAAUGAUACAUUUCCAACGAAUUUCACUUCAUCGACUAACUUAUUUAUCACGAGUAAGCACGUCGCAGCUAAUAGAAAAAUAAACAAAAAAUACCCUUGUACAUAUAUUCAAUAUAUUGUCUAUCAUAGACGGUGAAACGCGUUAUGACUUUCAACGUAUCAAAACAAAGUUCAAAACAUUGUUAAGUAAUAUUGUAUAAUAUUGUACGAAACGUAAGAUUUAUUGUUUGACGCAUUACCAUGUAAAAAUAUGUACAAAGUAAUGAUAAAUAUAAAAAGAGAAAUUUUCGAUAUUCGAAUAUCGUUCGAUAAAAAUGUUUAUGCAGUAGAAAAGGAAAUGUUUUCAUAAACAAGAGAUAGGAUUUUAUGGAAGGUUACGAGAGCGUCGAUAAGGCCGAUAUCUGUUAUCGUACGUAAAUAUGUAGGUACGAUUCCAUCGGAUGAUUCCUUAUCGACCGGUGACUGAAACUACGAUAAUAUUUCGAAGAACGAAUAAGGAGUGGCGCUGGUAUUAUCAAUUUAAACCUUCGGAUAGUUUAGCCAUAACAAAUGAAUUAAAAGAUGGUAAACAAUAAAGUAUCUUCGUUACUAUUUGAAA